AUGUCUGAGACAAGUUCAUUACUCCCUGGGGAGUCCGACGGACUCGGACGUCGGACUCUACGGGACCGCAUUAUCGACGCUUUCCGUUCGUCGCCUCAAACCGGUCUUGGGGUUUCGACAGCUUCAAGCCCUGACAACCACACGGCACAGGACAGCCAAGCCGGCACCGGGGUUACGAGCGAACCAGACGUGAGAACCCGACUUCUGGAAUCAUACCUCCAAGCCGAUCCCCCGUGUGGGGAAAGGCGCUGCAGCCAUGGCACGUUCUCGCCACAGGUAGAAGAUAUGGGAAGACGUUCAUACAUUGGAGGGCGGGGCAAUGCAUUUGGAUAUAACGAACAGGAAGUGGCGGACGGGGCGGCCGGUCGUCCUAGAGGUAUAGUAGACCAUCUGGAGUCGGUCUCAGGUUCGGAGACUCCGUCACAGAUGAAAUCAUCUUUCACUUUUCCAAUAACCGACACGAAUAAACAAUACAUAUCCUAUUAUGUUCCCUUUUUCAAUUGGAUUGGACAGUAUCAUUGGUCAUUCCUGCGCGGGGAUCUUAUGGCUGCGUUGACCGUGGCAUCCAUCUACAUCCCGAUGGCCCUCUCUUUGGCCUCCAAUCUUGCCCAUGCACCACCCAUUAGCGGCCUCUACUCUUUUGUCAUCCAUCCCUUGGUCUAUGCCAUCCUAGGGAGCUCCCCUCUCUUGAUAGUUGGACCGGAGGCCGCGGGUUCCUUGCUAACGGGUGCUAUUGUCAAAGCAAGUGUCAUGCAAGGAAACUCAGGCGAGGACGACCCUACAGAAACCGCUCUUAUUGUAGGAGUGGCCACUGCCAUGUCCGGCGGCAUGAUACUGAUUGCUGGACUUACCCGCCUAGGGUUUUUGGACAACGUGCUCAGUCGACCAUUCUUGAGAGGAUUCAUCACUGCCAUUGGCUUUGUGAUUUUUGUAGACCAGCUUAUCCCAGAAUUGGGUCUGGCCGAGCAUGCCAAAGAAUCCGGUGUUAGCCAUGGCACUAGUGUUGAAAAACUGAUUUUCAUCUUUCGAUACGCUAGAGAGUGCCAUGGACUAACUGCCGUCGUUUCGAUCGUCAGCUUUUCUGUCAUCAUGGUGUUCAGAACUUUGAAAAAGAUGCUUGUGCCUCGUAUCCCCCAAGUCAUUUAUUUCCCAGACCGCUUCCUGGUUGUUGCCCUGUCGGCGGUUUUGGCUUGGCACCUCGACUGGGAAGCCAAAGGGCUCGAAAUCCUUGGACCUACAGAGGUCGGCUCUGGAGGACUAUUCGCUUUCACUUGGCCUUUCCAGCCUGCGUAUAUGAAACAUGUGCGCACGGCAUUGAGCAAAUCCUUUAUUAUCGCACUACUUGGCUUCUUUGAGUCAUCUGUUGCGGCCAAGGGGCUCGGCGAAGGCAGUUCUGCUGGCAUCAAGGAAAUGCACAUGAGCGCAAAUCGUGAGAUGGUUGCACUAGGCGUUGCCAAUGUCAUCGGAGGUUGCUUCUCGGCUCUUCCUGCAUUUGGCGGAUACGGGCGAAGCAAGCUUAGCUCACAGACAGGAGCACGAUCACCUAUGACUAGCGUUUUUUUGAGCGUCAUCACAUUCACAAGUGUCAUGGUGCUAUUGCCUUAUCUCUACUACCUCCCGAAAGCAGUCCUAUCCUCCAUGAUCUCCGUGGUAGCCUUCACUCUAGUGGAAGAAUGCCCGCAUGACUUACUCUUCUUCGUCCGCCUGCGGGGCUGGUCAGAGAUCGUCCUCAUGCUCCUCAUCUUCACAACAACAAUCUUCUACUCCCUAGAACUAGGCAUGGCGAUGGGAAUGGGCCUGUCAGUCAUAAUCCUCAUCCGACACGCAACGGCCCCCCGAAUUCAGAUCCUGGGCAAGGUCCUCGGCACACCCACGCGUUUCGACAACGCCGAACUCCACCCGGAAAACGUGGAGCUAGUCGAAGGCGCCUUGAUCGUCAAGAUCCCUGAACCCCUCACCUUUGCCAACACAGGCGAUCUCAAGAGCCGCCUGCGGCGUCUGGAACUCUACGGCUCCACUCAUGCUCACCCUUCUCUGCCGCGCAUGCGCGCGCCGGAGCAUAAUAAAAAUAUUAUUUUCGACGUUCAUGGCGUUACGAGUAUCGAUGGGUCUGGUACCCAGGUUCUCACAGAGAUUGUGCAUGCGUACGCGGAGCAACGCGUGAGAGUGUUCUUCUGCCGGUUGCCGAAUAGAAGUGUUUUCCGCAUGUUUGAGCGGAGUGGUAUUGUUGAGACAUGUGGUGGGUUGACUCAUUUCGUCCCCAGUGUUGAUGAGGCGCUGCGAUUGGCGGAAUCCGAGAACCAGACACAGGAGAUAUAG